AUGGAGUCGUGCAGCUUCCGCACCGCCACCUCUCCUUCGCCGUUCCCCUCGGCUCCGUCCUCCUCCUCGUCCGCGCGCGUGCCGUGCCCCAGUCUCCGGUUCGCCAGAGCAAGAAAUGGGAGGCAGAUGCGGAUGCGGAGGAUGGCGUCGGGUUUUGAUGCCUUCCCACCCCUCCCAGGCAAAGUCUUCGUCGAGGAGACAAUUGGAGCUGAAUAUGGGGAAGGAUUUGAGACUUUCAGGAUGGACGGACCACUCAAUAUCGAUGUGGAUUAUCUAAACGAAAAAUUGCAAGAAUGCUUCCUUCAAAGGAUAAGGCAUGCUAUGAAGCCGGAUGAAGCAUUUGGUCUAAUUUUCUCAUGGGACAAUGUUAUUGCUGACACAGACUCACUAAAGUUGGAUGCUUGGAGACAGCUUGCUUUGGAGGAAGGGAAGGACAUCCCUACUGCUGCUCAUAUCCAAAAGAGUAUUCUUCAUGGUGCUGCUGACCAUGUCCUUAGAAAGGUUUUGUAUUGGGCAAAAGAGGAUGAUCAAAUGGAAAGAUUGAAGGCACGCCUUAUCGAGCUUUACUAUGAAAGCCUUUUCAGACUUGAUACCCCAGUAGAAGGAUUGAGAGAAUGGUUGGAUGCAGUUCGGACAGCAGGUAUACCCUGUGCUGUGGCAUCGUCCCUGGAUAGGAGAUGCAUGGUUGAAGCUUUGGAUAGGAUGUCGUUAAGCAAAUACUUCAAGGCGAUUGUGACCGAUGAGGAUGACAUGGAGUCAAUAGCACAUAGGUUUCUCUCAGCUGCUGUUAAGUUGGAUCGGAAGCCCUCGAAAUGCAUAGUGUUUGAGGAUGACCCAAGAGGCGUUACAGCUGCUCACAACUGCACUAUGAUGGCAGUUUCCCUGAUUGGUGCUCAUCCGGCGUACGAGCUGGAACAAGCGGACCUUGCUGUCGCGAGAUACAGCGAGCUCUCGGUGAUCAACCUCAGAAGGAUGUUUGCACACAAGGGGCUAAGCUUCAUGGACAUGCAGAAGCAGAUAAUUGAGAGGUCACCGCCCAAGAGAAAGCUGACAGUAGACACCAUCUUCUGA